CUUGUGUUUUUUCCCGAAACUGUCACUGGCGCAGCGUGAGUAUUGAGUGCUUUAAAAUGAGGCACUUAUGACCACAGUUGGACUCGACUUGUGUGUAACAGCUCGUCUGUGUAACAGGAUGUUAGGGACUAUCUGUAACAUUUUAUUGUUUUUGAAGAUUUUCCUAAUUGUUUUACUACUGAGAAAUAAUAAAACUUAUGGAACGUACAUUGAUAAAUACCUGGAUGAGCAAGGAGAAUAUUAUUUAGACUUUAUAAAACCAGAUGUAAAAUCAAAACAAUUUAUUAAAACUACCUUUGACACUAAAAAUCAUGUUGAAAAAUUCUGGUAUAAUCAAAUAUAUUUUAAACGUCAUGGGCAAUCAAGUGUUACAAAAGAGUUUCUUCUGCCAAGACAGAAAGGUAAAUCUGAUAAAAAGGGCUUAUCUGAAGUGACUUUUCCAAAUUACAUUAUAAAAAUUAAUGCAAGUAAUUCUACUGGAGCAUUAUCUCAUUUCUGGAAAAGCACAGGCUUGUGUCCACCAGAUCCUCACCAAGAUGCUUAUCGUUUCCUGCUAAGUCCAGACAUGGAACAAAACCUAGCACUUCUUGGAGCACUGCCAGGCCAAGGCAUACAACAAGUUAGAAUUCACUGGCUGUUAAAUCUCAUAAGUGCUCAGUUAACACUGGAAGGUAAUCCUGUCUUUAAUUUCACAAACUUGGACAAACUUAUCCAUUCUUUAUGGAAAAAUGGACUACAUCCUGGCUUUGAACUUAUGGGAAAUCCAUCAAAUAUUUUUUCGAAUUUUGAGAAUUUAACCGAAGUUAGGUGGUGGACAAGUCUGGUUCAAGAAUUAUCUAAUCGAUAUAUUGAUCUCUAUGGUAUGAACUACGUGUUAAAGUGGAAUUUUGAAACUUGGAAUGAACCAGAUCAUCAUGACUUUGAUGGACUAAACUUUACUCUUAAAGGUUUUCUUAAUUAUUACGAUGCAUCACAAAAAGGAUUGAAAAUGACUAACUCCAAAUUGAAAUUGGGAGGACCAGGAGGAUCAUGCCAUCUUCCAGCAACAGGUCGUUCACCACUAUGCUGGACUUUUUUAGACCACUGUGCUAAACAAAUGUAUUUGCAUAAAAAACAAAACAACAUGACAUUGGACUUUAUUUCUUUCCAUAAAAAGGGUGAUGGUAUAUCUUUAAACAUCCUGGAGAAAGAAUUAGAAACUAUCCAUUUGAUUCAAAAAACCUUCCCUAGUUUAGCAUCUGUGCCUGUUGUCAAUGAGUAAGCAAAUAAUUGUG